AUGCGCAAGCGUCUCUUUCGAAGUCUCAUCCGACAGGACAUUUCCUUCUUCGACUCGCAGUGCGUCGGGACGCUGGCCAGUCGGCUUAUCAACGACACAGAAGAUCUUCAGGCGAUUGUCAGUGAUGGCGGAACAAAGUUGUUGACCGCAGUCUUGAACUGCGUAGGCGGCGUUUCGAUGAUGCUCGCCACAGACGUGACCAUGUCCGUCGUCGGGCUUCUCGGCAUUCCUCUCUUCCUCGCCACAACGGGAAAUGCCUCCAAGCUCUCCGGCUACUACGGUCUCCUGAUCAACGACGCCCUGGCAGAAGGAAACACAGUGGCUACAGAGGCUCUGGCGAACAUCGAAGCUGUGCAAGCGAACUGCGCGGAAGAUAGCGAAGUGGCGAAAUACGAGCGCUCGCAGGACGCGUAUUUGAAUCUCGUCGGCAAGACGCAGUUUUCCGAAAGUGUCUUGAACCAAACGAAGCAACUGCUUCUGCAGUCGGCAGACUUUCUUCUCCUCGUUCUCGGCAUGUACCGCGUUGUGAGAGGCGAGGUGACCUUGGGUCGGUGCCUGGCCUUUCGCUCGUAUCUGCGGAAACUUUAUUCGGGCCUCGACAGGCUGCUCGAGAUCUACGGAGACUUCUAUUUCUCGCUGCAGGCGUCGGAGCGCUAUUUCGACUUGGUUGAUCGCGUCUCUGCAAUCCAAGAUGGAGAAGGAGUGCCUCCGAACGCGCCUACAAAGGGAAAUGGAGAGCGAGGUCUCGGAAAAGGCCAGCAACGGACGCAAGAAGAGCGCGCUUCAAGAGAAGAAGAGAACGCUAGCUUGAGAGACGACGAGGGGGGAGCAGUGCCUGAGAGACAAAAGAUCGCGACAGAGGCUGAACAGAAUGUGAUCGAAUUUCGAAAUGUCUCUCUUGCCUUCCCUAGCUCGGCUGUCACUGGCGCGCAGGCGGCAGAAUCCGCAACAGAAAAAGAGGAGGAAGACUCCACGAGGCGAAGGAGGCGACGAGGCGAGGUUCUCUCCGACGUCUCCUUCCGUGCCGGCAAGGGACAGAUCGUCGCGAUUGUCGGGCGUUCUGGAGCCGGAAAGUCGACUCUGGCGAAGCUCAUGCAUCGCUUCUACGAUCCCCAGGAAGGCUCGAUUUUGUUGAAUGGAGUCGACAUUCGGAGCCUGCGCCUCCACCACCUGCGUUCGCGCAUUGGUUUCGUGGAACAGGAACCGCUCCUGCUUCGUCAGAGCAUUGCGGAAAACAUCGCUUACGGCCUGUACUCGCCUCUUCCAAACACGGCUCAGCGGCGUCCCUUCGCUGCGCCCUCUUCGCCUUUCGCGACAAACAGUCGGGUCCCCUUUGCAUCUUCUUCGGGCACGUCCUUCUCUUCACUUCCCCGCUCUACUUCUGAACAGCUGAGAAAACACUCGAGCACUGAGGAGAACGCAUGCGCGGAGAAAGACCCGAAAAACGAGCAAGACGAGGACGACGACUUUGAGGAAAUUUUCAACGCCAAGGAAGCCGAGUCGUGGCCGAGAGAGCUUUUGAUGAAAACGGUUAGAGCGGCGAAAGUCGCGCAUGCACAUGAAUUCAUUCGACGCCUGCCCCGAGGCUACUUCACGCUCUGUGGGGAUGGAGCGGCUGUGAGACUCUCCGGAGGACAGAAGCAAAGAAUUGCAAUCGCCAGAUCCCUUUGCAGAGAUCCGCAAGUGUUCGUCUUUGAUGAAGCAACGAGCUGUCUAGACGCCGCAACGGAGGCUGCGGUUGAGGCGACCCUCGACCUCCUCCGAAAGAGACAGAAAACGAUCUUUGUCAUUGCUCACAAGCUUGCAACCACCAGAAAAGCGGAUUUUCUCAUCGCCUUGGACAAAGGAUGCAUUGUAGAGAGCGGCUACCCGGAGGAAAUUCUCGAGCGACCGAACUCGCGAUAUGCACAACUCUUUGCUGACAAAAAGCCACAGGAAGCGCCCUAG